AUGGAUUUAUCUAAAGAAAGUCUCCCAUCUAACGCAUCAGACAACAGCGCCGAGGUGCAACAAUUCCGUGGAACGGAAGUAGAGCUGCAAAGUCUCAAACGUACAGAGACACUUCUUCUGCGCGUGCAAAGCAAGUUGUCUUUCUUCAAUGAGCAAUUGCGGGAGGGCAGAAAAGGCAUCUACCUUGAAACACUUCGCAUCUACCUCAUCAUGGCUGUUUUUGUGUUGGCAGUGUUUUCCAUCUACUGGGGUUCAUAUUUCGACAGAAGUCUGCGUUACAAGAAUCUUCGAAUGCUUGUGGUCAUCGAGGAUGAUCAGAUCGUCGAUGGCAUGGAGCCAUUUAUUGGAAACUCGGUGCGCCAAAUUUUGAACACGUCUCAGGCUCAUUUCUUGGGUGACUGGAAAAUAUACAACUCCUCUGAAUUUUCUGCUUUGGCCGCAAAGGAUGGCCUCAGUAUCUUUGACGAGGUAAAGAAACAGGUCCACCAUCAACACUACUGGUCUUCCAUUUAUGUCAAGCCCAAUGCUACCGCUAACUUACUCAAUGCUAUAGAGGCGGGAAACACAGCUUACAAUGUCUCUUACAACUCUGUUGUAUCCUAUUACGAAACCGGAAGAGACUAUUUGGCCAUGAACUCAUAUGUCACUCCAAACGUGGCAAGAAUCAACGACAUGUUUCUUCGCAUGCAGGGAUCUAUCAUAGACAACAUGAUGACCGGAAAGAACACCUCGGAUAUUUUCGCCGAUAUUAACGCUGUUAAAGUGGCAGCUUCGUCGCUAGAAUUCUUCAAGAUUGACGGUAUUCCCUUCACCGAUGCAGUGAUCACUGCUCCAGCACAGGUGGGUCUCAUUUACAUGGUCAUUCUUACAUUUUUCUCUUUCAACUUCUUCUCCACUGUCUAUCCAAAAGUUGCUAAGAUGAACGUAAAGCCAGUGCAGUUUUUGCUCUAUCGUGUUGGCUCUACAAUUAUCAGUUUCCUUGUUUUGAGUUUCUUCUUUUCCAUGGUCUCACUUGCGUUUCAGGUCGACUUCACCAAGGCUUUUGGCAAAGGUGGCUGGCCAGUAUACUGGGCCACCAACUUCUUGACCAUGUGGGCUGUGGGCGGUAUCAACGAGGUAGCUGGAAUGUUGAUCAUUAUGGUCUAUCCACCCAUGAUUGGUUUCUGGUUGUUGUUUUGGGUUGUCGCAAACAUUUCCGCUACCUUCUCUCCAAUUGCGCUUACCCCUGCCUUCUACCGUUACUCGUACGCAAUGCCUAUUCAUGCCUCAUACGAGAUUACCAAAGUCAUCAUUUUCGACACUUACAAGGGCGCCUUGGGACGUAACUACGGAAUUCUUGUAGCCUGGGUAUGUAUUGCAACUGUGCUGUUGACUGUGACAUCGGUGUUCUUCGGAAAGAAAAUGGCUGCCCGCGCUAUAGCAGAGAAACAACGCCAAGAAGAGGAGUUCCUCGAGAAAUUCCGCCAUGAAGAUGGCGAGGCCAUCAAUUUGGAGCCAUGA